CACACUCGGCUCGUCGAUCUGUCAAACACUCAGCCUGGACUGGGGAUUCGCGUUUGUAGAACUUUCCUUCACCAAAGUGUGUAGAAGUUGUAUCGUUUCCUUCUGUGAAAUAAUCCGGAUUAUCCGCAUUCAAAAUGUCCUACGUUGCCAGAAAGGGACCGCAAGUCGUUUCGGCUCUUGGUCGAUGGGCCUACAAUCUGUCCGGAUUCAACCAAUACGGUCUGCACCGUGACGAUUGCCUGUACGAGGACGACGACGUCAAGGAAGCGAUCCGCCGUCUGCCGGAGAAGCUGAAGGAUGAGCGCAACUAUCGCAUCACCCGGGCGUUGCACCUCUCGAUGACCAAGACCAUCCUGCCGAAGGAACAGUGGACCAAGUACGAGGAGGACUGCAAGUAUCUGGAACCGUACCUGGAGGAGGUUAAGCGCGAGCGGGACGAGAUGGCCAAGUGGGAGGCCAACAAGUAAAAGGCCAAACAAAGAGUGCACCACUCAUUGUUAUGAUUGUAAAUGCAACCUUUCCGGGGGGCUUCCGAAGGAAUGUCCCUGGGAGACGAUUAAAAACUUAGGGGAAUAAUAAACUGAAAUCUGGAGCGAA